AUGGGUUUUGGGGACGAUGAACGUACAGAAGAACAGAAGCAAGUACUCGUUGAAAAAUGGAUUAAAAAAGACAUGAGAGAUUGUAACAUUUUCAUCUCCCUGCCUUCAGGACGAGUAAUUCAAUCCCAUUCGUUCGUUCUCUACAAGUACUCGAAGAAAUACAUGGACAUCGCUUUCCCGGUUACAAGACGAUUUUCGGUUUCUGGCUUAAAUGAACAGUCCGUAUAUGCAGUAAUAAGCUGGAUGUACACUCAAACCAUUCAACCAACAGAUGCAACUGUGUGGAAUUUGAUGAAGGUCGCAUAUCACUUCCAAGUGGAUAAACUGGAAAAACUCCUAUUGUCAUAUUUCAAAAGUAGCCCUCAAAGGACCAUCCUCGGGUUGAACUCGGCUUCCGCAGAGUGUAUUCAAGAGAGACCACACGGUGGAUUUCGACCAGAUUUCACAAGUUUUCAAAAGGAAUCUUUCAGUAAAGAGUUGAAAGAUAUUCUGAAAAUUUUCUAUGAUGUGGAACCGAAUCUGGAUAUCAACGGAAUCAGCAACCUAAACGUUACAUCUAUCUAUGCAUUAAUGUUGGUUCAUAUCGAUUUGAAAACGAAAACAAGAUUCAUUUUCUUGACGAUUGAUUGGAUUGCAAAGACCAGACCAUCAAUGCAAACGAUCCAUGGGAUCAUCCAAAGUUUGCAAGCUCCAAUUACAUUCAAGCUUAACUAUGACAUCAGAUGGCGUAUGUAUAUGUUUCUGACCAAAUUCUAUUCAUCAUCUUCUGAAUUCUACAUUUGGAUGGAUGGAACAUCUGAUUUCAUGCUCGCAGGACCGUCAGAAAUUCGAGCGAUUCCUCCAGAAGUUCUUUGUUAUCCAGUGCAAGAGAACCCACAUUUCAUUGUGCAUGAUGUCCAUAGAGAUCCGACAAAUGUGAAUGCGUACCGAACUGAGCAAAAAUUAGGUGAAUCAUAUGAGAGAGGAUUGAUUUGUGGACUUUAUGAACAAAGGAACAGAGCUCAAAUAACUUAUAGUUACAACCAGAAGGGAAAACAUAAGACUUGGGGUGCAUUCAAUCCGUACUGGUUGAGAGAUCUAGGGGCAUCGAGUAUGUACCAUGUUGAAGAUCCAGACGAAGUGAACAACCGAUUAGAGGAAUCGGAGGAUGCUCGCCAGCAACGACUUAGAACAACACUAGAUGCUUCAAUGAAGUAUUUUCCUCGUCGCAGUUCCAGCCAUCCUCUAAAGGUUCAGAAUUUCAAACAGUGUGGAGCAUGUAAAACCAAAAGCCAUGUUUGCACUUUACCGAAAUCGGUUUUGAAAAAACUAGCUGAAAAAGAAAAGAGAGCAGCGGAAGAGUCUUCAGAUGAUUCUGGCCAAGCCAGUACUGGAUCAUCGAGUGAUGGGAAACCUCCGGAUUCAGGACCACCAAAAGACAACUCAUCUGGAUCUUCCAGUAAUUCUGAAGGGAAAGGAAAAGGGCCGAACAUUAUUUACUCGGACCACUGUACAACUAGCAACUUUGGGACCCAGUCUAUUUGA